UUCCAAGAAAUGUUGGAGAGAGAGAGAGAGAGAGAGUGUGUGUGUGUGUGUGUGUGCACAUGCGUACACGUGCAUGUGCAUGCAUGUAUGUUUGGGGGGGGCAGUCUGAGAUGCUUCUUAGUGUGAUGAGCUUCUAUAAUUACCUUUUGACACUAUUCUACCUUCUCCACACAUAUCGUAGAGAGAUUCUAUGGUUAAUUUUGGUUUUUAUGAAGAAUUAGGAAGAGCCCAUGAGUAAAUGUAGUUUAGUUUAAAUGUAAAUGUCUACUUCAGUCAGGAUCACAUGUUUUUAGUCUACAGUAAGUAUGCACCACUGAUCGAAAUGGAAUAGACCAAAGAAACCUGUUUCUAUUGGAUUGCAGUUCUGUUUAUCCUGAACUGUGUAAAUGGAAGAGAAAAUUACAUGUUGACUGUAAUAGAAUACGGGCGGCAUGGUGGCACAGUGUGCAGCAUUGCUGCCUCACAUCUCCCGGGAACUGCAUUUGAUCCUGAACUUACGUUACUGUUUGUGCAGUUUCUGUGCAUGUUCUAUGUGUCCAUGGAUUUCCUCCAGGUUCUCCCACUUCCCACUAGAUGGACUGAGUACAGUAAAUUGCUCCUAGGUGUAAAUGAGUGUGUGAAUGUGUGUAUCUGUUGCUUUGUAAUGGACUGGCAAACAUCCAGGGUGCAUUGCUGGAUUUCAUGUGACGUCACAUCCGCCUCAUUAGUUAUUCAAAAUUUUAGCUGGUGGUCUACCAAAGCUCAGUUGACAAAGCGUUUGUAUAGAGAAGGUGCAUUGCUCCAUGAAAAAUGCCUUACACUUGCAUUGUUUUAGGUUGCUCGAAUCAAUCAAACCGUGAAACUGAUAAAAGUUUCGUCAGGGUUCCCUGUGAACUAAUAAAAAAGGGUGAACGAACACAGGAUUUCAUGAAAAGACGUCAAGAAAGGUGGCUUUUGAACCUCUCACUGAAAUCGAAGGGAGCCGAGUCGAAGCAUGUUCGAGUUUGCAGUGAUCACUUGGUGAAAGGGUCUGGGUACUGGCCUUAUACUGACGAUGAGGAUGUAAGAUACACAGGUGUUCCGUGGUGUGCUCUAGUCAAGGUGAAGCACGGGCAUGUGAGCUGCCAAACACCACGUGGUCAGCAUUAUAAGAAUGUGUUGGGAACCCGCUGUAAGAUCCACUGCAAGAGAGGCUAUGAACUCCAUGGCAGCAGUGAAAUAGUGUGUAUGGCCAGCAAACAGUGGUCAGGAAAAUACACCUGCAGAGAGGUGCGCUGUCCAACACUGGCCAUGCCAAAUAACGGUGGAUUUAAGUGUUCAGAUGGUUUCUAUUACAACUCCCGCUGCCAGUUCUUCUGUUCACCAGGAUACACACUCCGUGGAGACCGCAGUGUCACCUGUCAAAGCAGCAAGACAUGGAGUAGUGGCCAUAGCGUGUGUCUGGAUCUGGAUCCUCCAGUCAUUAAGUGUCCAAAUGUGAAGGAGAAGACAGCUGAGCCAGGAAAAGUGACUGCAAAAGUGACCUGGGAUACACCGGAGGGCAAAGACACAGCAGAUGGCAUCCUCACAGAUGUAAUACUGAAGGGGAAGCCUCCAGGAACACACUUUACAGAGGGAAACCACAAACAAUCAUACACUGUAUUUGACCGGGCUGGAAACAAAGCUACCUGUAAAUUCAACAUCAGAGUAAAAGUCCGUCACUGCGUUCCACUCUCAGUGCCUGAAAAUGGCUGGAUGAAGUGUGACAGUGCAGGUGAUAAUUAUGGGGCAACAUGUGAUUUCCGCUGCCUGGGAGGUUAUGAGCUGAGAGGUAGCGCUGCCCGUGUUUGCCAGUUCAACAUGGAAUGGUCUGGCCUGGAAACCAGCUGUGCAUCCAUGAACAUUAAUGUUGGAGUGCGAUCUGCUGCACAACUACUAGACCAGUUCUAUGAGAAACGUCGUCUGCUUAUAAUCUCCACCCCCACAGCGGCCAACCAUUACUACAGAUUCCAAAUCACUAAUUUACAGCAAGCACAAUGUGGCUUGGACUUAAGACAUGUGACUGUGAUUGAACUAGUAGGAAGGUUUCCAGCUCAAAUAGGACGCAUUAGAUACCAACUCAUCUCUCCAGGACUGGCCCUACAACUCAGAAUGCUGCUGCAGCUGUCUCAGAAUUCUUUUAAUCUGGUACUGCUGGACAAACAGGGAGUGGACAAACAGCGCUAUACAUAUCCAGUCACAGCAGCAGAGAUUUUCACGGUCAUUGACACUUUCCCGCUGCGCACUGAAGAGGCCCUUCUGCAGAAAGAAGCAGGUCAAGGCUGUUAGACAUGUACACAACCCCCCUGACCUUCCCCUCUCUUCUCCUCCCAACACACACACACAGAGCCAUAAAUGCAUGAGUGACUAUUUUUACAUACAUAUUUGUGAUUUGUAAGAUGUUGUAGUAUUUGUCAAUAUUUAUAUUAUUGUCAUAGUAUAGUUUGACUUCAUUCAGUCCAAUUUAAACUGUGUACUUAAUUUUAAGAAAUAAAUAUCUUUACUUUGUCUCUGAAAUGUAUAAUUCCAUUGUGUGAUGUUACUGUAUACUUGGCAGCCUUGUCCAUGGAAUAAAUUUCAAGUUCAUUAAUGUUC